AAAAGUUACUUUCCACUAGUUUUUCAUACUAAACAAAUGCUAAAAUGGUCUUGAAAUUGAUGACCCCUUGUUUUGAUUUGUCCUUGUUGAGCAAGCUUGGGAGUCAAAGGGAAAAACAAAAAACUCAGUCCCUAUCUAUAUCAUUUUUUAGUCAAAAAAUCCAGUAUACUCUGUAUACAAAUAUCCCAUCCCUGGCCUUGCCCCAGUUGGAAUCCCAACAAAACCCAUUGUUUCAUAUUCACCAUUUACCAGUUGAAAAACCAAGAACAAGAACAACCACCAGUCCACCACCAUGGGAGCCGGAGAGAUGUGGACCCAACUGGGUUCAUCACUGGCCGGCCUCAUGUUCGUCUGGGCCAUGUUCAAGCAGUACUUCCCUUUCCAGAUCGAAGAGCACGUCCAGAAAUACACAACAAAGCUGGCCUCCCUCUUCUACCCUUACAUCCAGAUCACCUUCCACGAGUACAACGGCGAGCACUUCCAGCGCAGCAAGGCGUACGCCGCCAUCCAGCGCUACCUCUCCGCCGACUCCACCGACCGGGCCAAGCGGCUCAAGGCCGACAUGGUCCGGGACUCCAAGUCGCUCGUCCUCAGCAUGGACGACUACGAGGAGGUCACGGAUGAGUCGUUCAUGGGGAUCAAGGUGUGGUGGGCGUCGAACAAGAACACGCCCAAACCGCAGAUGUUUACACUGUACGGCGACGGUAACGACGACAAGAGAUACUAUACGUUGAAGUUCCACAGGAGGGACAAGGAGGUUGUUUACGGGCGUUAUUUGAGCCAUGUGAUGGACGAGGGGAAGGCGAUCGAGGUUAAGACCCGGCAGAGGAAGCUGCAUACGAAUAAUCGGGGCGAGCAAUGGGACGGGUUCCGGAGAACAAUGUGGAGCCAUGUGGUGUUUGAGCACCCUGCAACAUUUGAUACUUUAGCCAUGGAGGAGAACAAGAAAAAGAAAAUCAUGAAUGACCUCAUCACCUUCACCAAGUCUAAAGACUACUACAAAAAGAUUGGCAAGGCCUGGAAAAGAGGUUAUCUUCUUUUCGGGCCUCCGGGCACCGGUAAAUCUACCAUGAUUGCGGCCAUGGCCAAUCUUCUAGAGUACGAUGUGUACGAUCUUGAAUUGACUGCGGUGAAAGAUAACACCGAGUUGAGGAAAUUACUAAUCGACAUAUCGAGCAAGUCUAUUAUAGUGAUUGAAGACAUCGAUUGCUCACUCGAUUUGACUGGCCAGAGGAAGAAGAAGAAGGAGAAGGAGAAAGACGAGGAGGGAGAUGGAAAGGAUCCCGUUAGUAAGAAAAAGAAAGAGGAUCAAGAAAAAAGUAACGAGAGUAGUAAGGUUACUUUGUCAGGGCUUUUGAAUUUCAUCGACGGGCUUUGGUCUGCUUGCGGAGGCGAAAGGAUCAUAGUUUUCACCACGAACUACGUGGAGAAACUCGAUCCCGCCCUGAUUCGGAGAGGGAGAAUGGAUAAGCAUAUCGAACUGACGUAUUGUUGCUUCGAGGCGUUCAAGGUGCUCGCGAGGAAUUACUUGGACAUUGAAUCCCACAAUUUGUUCGAGACGAUUAAGAAAUUGUUGGAGGAAAACGAAAUCACUCCGGCUGAUGUGGCGGAGAAUCUGAUGCCCAUGUCUCCGGAAGAUGACGCGGACACGUGUCUGGCGAAUUUGAUCGAUGCGAUUGAGAAAGCGAAGGAAGAAGCGAAGGUGAAGGCGGAGGAGGAGGAGAAGGAGAAGGAGAGGGCAAAGGCUGAGGAGGAAAAGAAAGCAAAGGCUGAGAAAGAAGAGAAGGAGAAGGCUGAGAAAGAGGAGAAGGACAAGGAGAAGGAACAGAAAUCUGAUGAAGAAGUGAAAGAGAAGAAAACAGCAGGGGAAGAAGUGAAGGAAAAUGGGGGUUAAGGCUACCAAUUAAUCUGAAUUUCUUGCUGUAUAAUUAUUAGUUAGUAGUAGUAUGUUUGUUUGUUUGUAUUGUAGUAGUCUAUCUAGCAUCGACACUCCACCGGAGGUGACGUAUCGGUGUCGGACACGGACACGCGCCGAACACGCUCUCAACACGUGUUCGAUACUUCUUCCGGAGUGUCAAAUUCCAGGGUGUUGAUAGUCUUGGAAAAUGGCUUUUUGCUUUUCUUUUUUUGGUUAACUGGAUACUGAAUUAAACAAGAAAAUAGGGAGUCCUAUCCUAUUUGAUCAGUUAUAGUCUAUUGAAUAAGUAGAAAACAGAGAGCUUGCUUUA